GCACACGCCUUUGCUGCGGGAAGGACGCCGGCCGCGAGGCUCCGGCAGCAGCAUCCGUGGAAUGCGGAGCCCUCGAGCAGUCGGGCUGAAGGGCAGCUGGAGCUCGAGAACGUGCCGGAAAGGCUGACGCUGCUCCUGACUCGGAAGCGCGGGCCUCCGGAUUGGCCAGCGCGCCGAGCGCUUGAUCCCGUGUCCGGGGUUCGCUCCUUCACUUGAACCGUCCCCGCUCAGCGAGCAGCAGCACAACGAGGACCGCCGGCUUUCUCACCAGGCUUCAGCUGACUGGACCGUGGAGCCACUCAUCUGCGAGGAUGGCGAGCACCUUUGCUCACAUGAUGUCUGGCAGGAAGGCAGUGCUGGCACUCGCCGGUCUCAGCGCUGGUACCUUGGCCACCGGUUACAUCAUGAGCGACUCUAGAAGCACAGCCGCCAUUGAGAAGAUGAAGAUCUACCCACCCAGCGCCGACUUCCCCGACCUGCGCAAGCACAACAACUGCAUGGCGUCGGCGCUGAGCCCGGCCAUUUACAGCAGGCUGCGUGACAAGCUGACGCCCAACGGCUGGAGCCUGGACCAGUGCAUCCAGACCGGGGUGGACAACCCGGGCCACCCCUUCAUCAAGACCGUGGGCAUGGUCGCCGGGGAUGAGGAGAGUUACGAGGUGUUUGCGGACCUCUUCGACCCAGUGAUCAGAGACAGGCAUAAUGGCUAUGACCCGCACCUCAUGAAGCACCCGACUGACCUGGACAGCUCCAAGAUCACCUCCGGCCUCUUUGACGAGCGCUACGUGCUGUCGUCUCGCGUGCGAACGGGCCGCAGCAUCCGUGGCCUCGGCCUGCCUCCGGCCUGCUCCCGCGCCGAGCGCCGUGAGGUGGAGCGUGUCGCCGCGCAAGCGCUGUCCGGCCUCAAGGGCGACCUCGCCGGACGCUACUACAGCCUGGGAGAGAUGACCGAGGAGGAGCAACAGAGGCUCAUUGAUGACCACUUCUUGUUUGACAAGCCUGUCUCGCCCUUGUUGACGUGUGCGGGAAUGGCUCGUGACUGGCCGGAUGCUAGGGGGAUCUGGCACAACAACGAGAAGACCUUCUUAGUGUGGAUCAAUGAGGAAGACCACACGCGCGUCAUCUCCAUGGAAAAGGGAGGCAAUAUGAAGCGAGUGUUUGAGAGGUUCUGCCGGGGACUCAAAGAGGUGGAGCGACUGAUCCAGGAGCGUGGCUGGGAGUUCAUGUGGAACGAGCGCCUGGGCUACAUCCUGACCUGCCCCUCGAACCUGGGCACGGGUCUCAGGGCUGGGGUCCACGUCCGUCUGCCACUGCUCAGCAAGGAUCCCCGCUUCAGCAAGAUCCUGGAAAAUCUGAGGCUGCAGAAGAGAGGCACUGGGGGUGUGGACACGGCUGCUGUAGGAGACAUCUAUGACAUUUCGAACAAUGACCGUUUGGGCAAAUCUGAGGUGGAGCUUGUUCAGCUGGUGAUUGACGGUGUCAACUACCUGGUCGAAUGUGAGAAGAAGCUGGAGAAAGGCCAGGAGAUAAAGGUCCCAGCCCCCAUCCCUCAGUUCAAACAGUGACGAGGAGACUGAGGGGACAGUGCUGCUCGUUGUCCUUCUGCUUCCGGAAGGUCUUACAGUGCAUCCAGUAAAGCCUUUGCAG